AUUGCUCGAAGAUCAUCCUGUCGGUGCACAUUUCCAUGGCUAUAUAUGCAAGGCUCCCCUAUGCCCAGCUCAAAGCAAGCCAGCACAGCUCAAAGCCUCGUAUACAAGAGCUAGCUAGAAGCGAUUGUAGCUACUAAUUGAGCUCACUAGCAUUGGCACUAAGCUUAAUGGAGCAGGUGACGAAGCUAGCGGGGCAGCGGGCGGUGGUGAUCUUCGGCAUGAGCUCCUGCUGCAUGUGCCACACCGUGACGACCCUCCUCCGGGAUCUCGGGGCGAACCCGACGGUGGUGGAACUGGACGAGGACCCUUGGGGGAAGGAGAUGGAGAAGGCGCUGGCGAGGCUCCUCGGCCGGAACCCUGCCGUGCCGGCGGUGUUCAUCGGCGGCAGGCUCGUCGGAUGCACCGACAAGGUCAUGUCCCUUCACCUCAGCGGCAAGCUUGUUCCACUGCUUCGUAAUGCAGGUGCGGUCUGGGUGUAGUGCGUGCAUGGGCUUUGUAGAUAUUCGGCCUGAUGCAUUGGGCGCCAGAGAAUUAUGUAAUACACGUAUGUGUACGUGCUCUGUUAUCCUUUCCUGUAUCAGGUGAUGAUAGACUUAAGGAAACCAUGCAGGACUUUUUACUAA